AUGUACUCUCGAACACUUUUGCUUGCUCUACUGACUGCAAUCCACUGCGAGGCUUUUGUAGUGCCACAAAGUAUGAGCCGACCAGCUCUUGCUCUUCGCGAAGCAGAAGACGACGAGGAUGGCACCGAGAUGAACCCAGACAACCCAAACUUGCCAGCACUCAAGGGGGAUUUCGAUUGGGAUGAAAAAUUCGGAGGAGACGAUGACUGGAUCACCGAAAAUGUGCCCGGAAAGGUUGUCUUGGGCGAGCUCGAGUUGGCAGAGCAAUCGAAAGCUUUGGCAGCGUUGGAGUCCAACUGGCGUAAGGAGCGCGAGAUCAAGGAGUUUGAAGAAUCUAGAAAGACUGGUUGGACCGGGUUGGCAGAGUUGGCAAAUGGAAGAUUCGCCAUGUUCUUCCUCGUGACUGGGUUAUUGACGGAGUUGUGGACUGGAGUUAGCAUUCCUGGACAAGUCGAAGAGAUGCUGCGUAUCGGAGGUUUCAUUGGAUUUGACUAA